AUGCCUUCCACCCUCUUCUCUCUCCUCUUCCUCUUUCUCUUUCCUUUCUCUACCCUCUCCCACCUCUUCUCUCCCCCCGACAACUACCUCGUCAACUGCGGUUCCGCCGCCCCCACCACCCUCGUCGACUACCGCCCAUUCGCCGGCGAUCUCGCCGGCAACCGCUCCCCCUUCUCGCCCUCCCCCCGCGCCGUUUCGCUACGAAACGACAACCCCCUCCCCGACUCACCCUCAAUCUACCACACCGCUAGGGUAUUCACAAGCCCCGCCAGGUACUCCUUCCCCGUUACCGACAAAGGAACCCACAUCGUCCGCCUCCACUUCCACCCCUUCAACUCCUCCACUCUCGAUCUGGGUCGCGCCCAAUUUCACGUGUUGCUCAACGGUCAUGUCGUUCUGAGCAACUUCACCCGUUUGGUCAGUGGUUCUAGAAACCCUAGGAUCGUGGAGUACCUAAUAUGGAUCGAUGCGGAUAGCCUCGUGCUCGUGUUUGUGCCCAAUAGAGAUUCGAAAUUGGCGUUUGUCAACGCCAUUGAGGUGAUUUCUGCGCCCAAAGACCUUGUCCCUGAUACAGCACAGUAUUUGAGUCCUUCAAAUGUAGAGAAAUUUGAGGGUUUCAACAAACAGGUUCUUGAGGUUGUGUAUAGGGUCACUGUUGGGGGUGUUAAAGUUACCCCUUUCAAUGAUUCCCUGUGGAGAACUUGGAUUCCUGAUGAUAGGUUUUUGAAGACAAGUGUUGGAUCUGAGAAGCUUUACUUUGGUGGUAGGAUCAAGUACCAUGUUGGUGGGGCUAGUCGUGAGGUUGGUCCUGAUAAUGUGUAUAACAGUGCUAGGUUGAUCAAGAGUAAGAAUGAUUCUGUUCCCAGUGUUAAUAUGACUUGGGUGUUUCCUGUUGUUGGAGGGUACAAGUACUUAGUUCGGUUGCAUUUCUGUGAUAUUGCUAGCAUUUCGCUUGGUUUGCUUUAUUUCAAUGUGUACGUGAAUGGAUAUUUGGCUUAUGAAGAUUUGGAUCUCUCCUAUAUUACGAAAUCGCUGGCUUCACCGUUUUACGCCGACUUUGUGGUUGAUGGAGGAGAUGUUGACAGUAUAGGGGCUUUGAGUGUUGAUGUAGGUCCCUCGCAGAGAAGCAUACCGCAUGCCAUUGAUGGUAUAUUGAAUGCAGUUGAGGUCAUGAAGUUGAACAAUUCUUUCAACAGUCUUGAUGGAGAUGUUUGUGCUGAUUUUGUUAUGAAGAGCUGGUCGACGGGGAAUAAUACAAGUAUGCUGUUUACUCUGCUGGCUGCUGUUUGCAUUGUGUUGAGCUUGUCCAUAGUGAUUCGUAGGAAGUUGCUUGUAUCAAGGGAAUCUGUGUCGUGGUCAAGGUUGCCUGUGAAUUCAUCGGAUGAUAGUGUUGUUAAGAAUUAA